CGGCGCUCCGGCCCGGCCCGGCCCCGCCCGAUGUCCAUGAGCGCGAACACCAUGAUCUUCAUGAUUCUGGGGGCGUCGAUCGUGAUGGCCAUCGCGUGCUUGAUGGACAUGAACGCACUGCUGGACCGAUUCCACAACUACAUCCUCCCGCACCUGCGGGGCGAGGACCGCGUCUGCCACUGCAACUGUGGCCGGCACCACAUCCACUACGUGAUCCCUUACGACGGGGACCAGUCGGUGGUGGACGCCUCCGAGAACUACUUCGUGACCGACAACGUCACCAAGCAGGAGAUCGACCUCAUGCUGGGGCUGCUGCUCGGCUUCUGCAUCAGCUGGUUCCUGGUGUGGAUGGACGGCGUCCUGCACUGCGCCGUGCGCGCCUGGAGGGCCGGCCGGCGCUACGACGGCUCGUGGACCUGGCUGCCCAAGCUGUGCAGCCUGCGGGAGCUGGGCCGGCGGCCGCACAGACCCUUCGAGGAGGCGGCCGGCAACAUGGUGCACGUGAAGCAGAAACUCUACCACAACGGCCACCCGAGCCCGCGGCACCUCUGAGCCGCACGCAGGACUCGCGGGGCUUCGGCCGACGCGCCCACGCACACGGGACUGGACGGCCGCCCCGGGCCAGGGCGCCCGCGGCCGCCGGGCGUGUCCAGCGGAAGGUGCU